UCUGUAGUCGAAUGCAGCAGUAGUGGAGACAGGGAAUAUGUAACCGGUAUUUUUUUUUUUACCGACCUCUCCGUUGUGAUCUUGGUUGUAAAUCAUAGGCCACCUGAGCAUUUCUCCAUCCUCGAUCUGUGCGCGCUAUGAACCGUGUAUGUGGAUAUCUUGCUCAGUGUUUUAUAGCCUUAUACGUACCGGCCUAGUUGAGUCGUAACGAAACGACCUGAAGUCCCUUUUAUUUGUGAUGAUCGUUUCUACUUGUUGUCUAUGGACCGGAUCCACCGUACAAUGAUAGGCACGGAGGAUAUGUCCCGGUAGAACAUGGGCCUGUAACGAACCGAUAUUUCUAACAUUCUCCUAUAAGGAGAAGGACAGAGAAAACGGAAAGAUGAAGAUCUGGAGUACAGAACAUGUUUUCAGCUACCCGUGGGAGACGGUGAUCAAGGCAGCGAUGAGGAAGUACCCUAACCCCAUGAACCCUAAUGUGGUGGGAGUGGAUGUGUUGGACAGGAACCUGGAUACCGACGGACGGCUCCACAGCCACAGACUCCUCAGCACCGAGUGGGGCCUGCCAGGCAUCGUACGAGCGAUCUUGGGGACCGGUCAUACCCGGACGUACGUCAAGGAGCACUCCAUCGUGGAUCCCGAGGAGAAAAAGAUGGAGCUUUAUUCAACUAAUAUAACUCUAACCAAUCUGGUGUCAGUGGAUGAACGACUGGUUUACAGACCUCAUCCAGACAACCCAGAGGUUACUGUUCUGACCCAGGAGGCCAUCAUCACAGUAAAAGGAGUCAGUUUGAGCAGUUACCUAGAGGGAAUGAUGGCCCUCAGAAUGUCAGCUAACGCCAGAAAGGGUUGGGAUGCUAUUGAGUGGAUCAUUCAGAACUCUGAAAGGGAGAACGUUCCUCUGUGUGAGCUGUACUGACUCUGGAAGGGCCAAUCAGAGGACUGUGUCGACCACAUGAUCAGGGACUAUAUCAUCCUACACCAACCAGCCCUGACAAACCUCCCACAUGGCAGCCAGCCCAGACAAACCUCCCACAUGGCAACCAGCCCAGACAAACCUCCCACAUGGCAACCAGCCCAGACAAAGCUCCCACAUGGCAGCCAGCCCAGACAAACCUCCCACAUGGCAGCCAGCCCAGACAAACCUCCCACAUGGCAACCAGCCCAGCCAACCCUCCCUGGUGACCAGGCUCCAUAGAGGGCAUCACAACCCUCCCUGGUGACCAGGCUUUAUAGAGGGCAUCACAACCCUCCCUGGUGACCAGGCUUCAUAGAGGGCAUCACAACCCUCAUCACAACCCUCCCUGGUGACCAGGAUCUAUAGAGGGCAUCACAACCCUCAUCACAACCCUCCCUGGUGACCAGACUUUAUAGAGGGCAUCACAACCCUCAUCACAACCCUCCCUGGUGACCAGGCUCCAUAGAGGGCAUCACAACCCUCCCUGGUGACCAGGCUCCAUAGAGGGCAUCACAACCCUCCCUGGUGACCAGGCUCCAUAGAGGGCAUCACAACCCUCCCUGGUGACCAGGCUCCAUAGAGGGCAUCACAACCCUCCCUGGUGACCAGGCUCCAUAGAGGGCAUCACAACCCUCCCUGGUGACCAGGCUCCAUAGAGGGCAUCACAACCCUCCCUGGUGACCAGGCUCCAUAGAGGGCAUCACAACCCUCCCUGGUGACCAGGCUCCAUAGAGGGCAUCACAACCCUCCCUGGUGACCUGGCUUCAUAGAGGGCAUCACAACCCUUCCUGGUGACCUGGCUUCAUAGAGGGCAUCACAACCCUCCUCCAUGCCCAUAAAGAAUGUUGCUGUCUGUCAAGUCGACGAUCAAUAGAAACACAAGGGUUAUUAAUAUAUCAUCAGAAAGACUGCGAUCAUUGAUCCUUCCACAGAAAGAUUUCCCUACUGAGGGAUUGAGGCCAACGUUAAUGUCCAGGAGGAUAUUGAUUGGAUACAAAGGUCUAUGAUAGAUGUAGGUUGCGUGCCAUUUAGGAUGCUAUAUAGGAUGACAUUUAGAAUGCUAUUCAGGAUGCUAUUUAGGAUGCUAUUUAGGAUGCCAUUUAGGAUGCCAUUUAGGAUGCUAUUUAGGAUGCUAUUCAGGAUGCUAUUCAGGAUGCUAUUUAGGAUGCUAUUUAGGAUGCUAUUUAGGAUGCUAUUCAGGAUGCUAUUCAGGAUGCUAUUUAGGAUGCUAUUUAGGAUGCCAUAUGUAGUGUGAAUUACAUAUGGAGAAUGACAUUUAGGAUGCUAUUUAGGAUGCUAUUUAGGAUGCCAUAUGUAGUGUGAAUUACAUAUGGAGAAUGACAUUUAGGAUGCUAUUCAGGAUGCUAUUUAGGAUGCCAUUUAGGAUGCUAUUCAGGAUGCUAUUUAGGAUGCCAUAUGUAGUGUGAAUUACAUAUGGAGAAUGACAUUUAGGAUGCUAUUCAGGAUGCUAUUUAGGAUGCCAUUUAGGAUGCUAUUCAGGAUGCUAUUUAGGAUGCCAUAUGUAGUGUGAAUUACAUAUGGAGAAUGACAUUUAGGAUGCUAUUCAGGAUGCUAUUUAGGAUGCCAUUUAGGAUGCUAUUCAGGAUGCUAUUUAGGAUGCCAUAUGUAGUGUGAAUUACAUAUGGAGAAUGACAUUUUGUAGCUUUUAUAUGAAAUGCGGAUGGUAUUUGCUAUGGAAAUUAUCUACUGCCAUACACUGUAUGAAGUAUGCAUUCAGCAUUCUCAUAUGGGAGGUUCAUCCAGGAAUCUAUCACAGCAUUCUCAUAUGGGAGGUUCAUCCAGGAAUCUGUCACAACAUUCUCAUAUGGGAGGUUCAUCCAGGAAUCUAUCACAGCAUUCUCAUAUGGGAGGUUCAUCCAGGAAUCUAUCACAGCAUUCUCAUAUGGGAGGUUCAUCCAGGAAUCUGUCACAACAUUCUCAUAUGGGAGGUUCAUCCAGGAAUCUAUCACAACAUUCUCUUAAGGAAGGUUCUUCCAGGGAAUCUGUCACAACAUUCUCUUACGGAAGGUUCUUCCAGGGAAUCUGUCACAACAUUCUCUUACGGGAGGUUCUCCAGGAAGCUAUCAGAACAUUCUCUUACGGGAGGUUCUCCAGGAAGCUAUCAGAACAUUCUCUUACAGAAGGUUCUUCCAGGGAAUCUGUCACAACAUUCUCUUACGGAAGGUUCUUCCAGGGAAUCUGUCACAACAUUCUCUUACGGAAGGUUCUUCCAGGGAAUCUGUCACAACAUUCUCUUACGGAAGGUUCUUCCAGGGAAUCUGUCACAACAUUCUCUUACGGAAGGUUCUUCCAGGGAAUCUGUCACAACAUUCUCUUACGGAAGGUUCAAUGGUUUUUCAUAUUUAAACGAGAGAGUUUCUUUGCCGUUUUAAACACAAUGGAUAUUUCUUUGCACGUAGAGAGUCUAGGAUUAUGAAGGUAUAUACAUUAAAUGAAUGUACAGUGACCUCACAUAGAUAGGAAAACUACAGUAGAGCUAACAAUGCAGUCAAAAUAUAUCUAAAUGUUCAGACAGAAAGUUCCAGGGUUAGAGAGAACAACCUCACUCUCCAGACCAGGGUGAUAUGUUCGGACAGAAAGUUCCAGGGUUAGAGAGAACAACCUCACUCUCCAGACCAGGGUGAUAUGUUCGGACAGAAAGUUCCAGGGUUAGAGAGAACAACCUCACUCUCCAGACCAGGGUGAUAUGUUCGGACAGAAAGUUCCAGGGUUAGAGAGAACAACCUCACUCUCCAGACCAGGGUGAUAUGUUCGGACAGAAAGUUCCAGGGUUAGAGAGAACAACCUCACUCUCCAGACCAGGGUGAUAUGUUCGGACAGAAAGUUCCAGGGUUAGAGAGAACAACCUCACUCUCCAGACCAGGGUGAUAUGUUCAGACAGAGUUCCAGGGUUAGAGAGAACAACCUCACUCUCCAGACCAGGGUGAUAUGUUCGGACAGAAAGUUCCAGGGUUAGAGAGAACAACCUCACUCUCCAGACCAGGGUGAUAUGUUCGGACAGAAAGUUCCAGGGUUAGAGAGAACAACCUCACUCUCCAGACCAGGGUGAUAUGUUCGGACAGAAAGUUCCAGGGUUAGAGAGAACAACCUCACUCUCCAGACCAGGGUGAUAUGUUCGGACAGAAAGUUCCAGGGUUAGAGAGAACAACCUCACUCUCCAGACCAGGGUGAUAUGUUCGGACAGAAAGUUCCAGGGUUAGAGAGAACAACCUCACUCUCCAGACCAGGGUGAUAUGUUCGGACAGAAAGUUCCAGGGUUAGAGAGAACAACCUCACUCUCCAGACCAGGGUGAUAUGUUCAGACAGAAAGUUCCAGGGUUAGAGAGAACAACCUCACUCUCCAGACCAGGGUGAUAUGUUCGGACAGAAAGUUCCAGGGUUAGAGAGAACAACCUCACUCUCCAGACCAGGGUGAUAUGUUACAUAGCUGUGAACAGGACCUCGUUGGGUU